UCCCACGUGUAGUAAACAACAAAGAUGGCGGCGGUGCAGUUCUGCGGAGACUGGUUCAUCUGCAGCUGUGACCAGCGGCUCCUGGCGGUCCACAGCGCCCAGGACAGAGCUCCGUUUGAGUUCGACUGCGGCGCCGCAGAGAAGAGGCCCAAGAAAACAGAAGGCGACAGUGAAAGCGGCGGCGAGCACGAGGGCGGCAGCGAUCGGAUCCUGGCCGUGGCGGCGUCCGGCUCCGGGGAUCUGCUGGCUCUGAGCGACGACAGCAAACGCCUGGUGCUGCUGCGGAGGGACCCGACCUGGACCGUGCUCAGCGUCCGGUGGCUGGCUCGCCGCUCCACAGCUCUGGCCUUCACUCGGGCGGAGGACUUCCUGCUGGUGGCUGAUAAAUCUGGAGACGUGUACAGCGCAUCUGUGAAGGAGCCGGACCAAGAGCCGGAGCUACAGCUGGGACACCUGUCCAUGGUGCUGGACCUGAGUGUCUCUGUGGACGACCGCUUCAUCGUGACGUGUGACAGAGACGAGAAGAUCCGUGUGAGCUGCUCCAGGUCGCCGUACAACAUCCAGGCCUUCUGCCUCGGACACCAGCAGUUCGUGAGCGCUCUCCUGACCCCCUCCGGAAGCCCCCAAACUCUGAUCUCAGGCUCUGGGGACGGGACAGUGUGUCUCUGGGACUUACUCUCCGGGCGCCGGCUGCAGACUGUGGAGCUCAGACGACUCGUGCAGCUCGGAGACGACGCUCCAGACGACCAGAGGCUGACGGUGAGCAGGUUGAGGAGCUCUCCCGACGGGUGUCACGUGGCCGUGCUCUGUGAGAGGGUGAAGCAGAUCCAGCUGUUGUCCCUGGAGCAGACUGAGGGGGGCGCUGCGCUCGGAGCUCACGUCCUCCUGCCCCUCAAACACUGCCCCCUGGACCUGACCUUUGACCCCCGGGGCCGACUCUGGGUGCUGCUGAACUGUGAGGAGCGCCCCCUGCAGGUGUACGAGCGCACACACGGGACUUAUGAACAGGUACAGACUAGUUCUCAUGUGGGUUCCUGUGGUUCCUCUGCAGAAGCUCAGCGCAGCAGCAGUCGUCUGGAGCACCUCUACGUGGAGACCUACGACAACGUGAGCGAGUACAUGAAGAAGAAACAGCAGCGUCUGGAGCAGCAGAGCCAGAAGAGAAGUCGGGACCAGAGCCGGGACCAGAACCGGCCCAAGAAGUCCAAGACCAAGUCCAAAACCGAGUCCAAAUCUGAGACCAAUGGAUCCUGAGGACGUCUCUCACACACACAAACACACAAACACGCAGAGUUCACGGCAGAUUUCAUUUUUUUAAGUUGUCUUUUUAAGUUUUGAAAUAAAUUAUCAACAAAUCAAGAA